AUGGAGACGGACUUUCUGGGGAUCGGCGGGAGGGAGUCGGCGGCGAGAGAGGAGACAGGAGGUCUGGGCCCCUUCGUCUCUUCCCCUGGUGUUCCUCGAACACUUGAUGUUCUUAUUCUUUUGUCUGAUAAAAUCUUUUGAAGUUAUUGCUGGUCCGCUGUGGAUCGUUUCCGCAUGGAUAUCCUUCUCGGUUUUUCAAUCCCUGGGGUCGUUGGGGCUUCGUUCCCCGUCUAGUUUGUUAGUUUUCCUUUUUUAUAUUUUUUUUGAACUUUCCGAUUUGGUCUUCCCCCUUCAGCCCAAGGGCUGCGGGUUCUCGUCGGAAGAGAUCGGUCGACUGUUUUUUGGUUCUCGUUCCACUGAUCUGUCGGGGGAAAUUUUUCUCGUCGAUGGAGCGUAAAUACCAUACAUAUGCGCGCAAGUUUCGGCGUCGAUUACUGUUUUAGCGCAGUAAAUAUAUAAUUCAGGAAUUUCUGUUCUACAGGAUCUCUUGAUCUGUUCUUCGAUUUCUUCGGGAUUGUUGUUGUUUUCUUUAGAUUUAUCGGCUUCCGUCGAUAACUCUCGCCGCAUUCCUCCCUUGGAAUCCAUCAGAACGUAGGUGGUAGCGGUGGUGUUGCAACGCGGGAUUCGUCCUCCUUGACCGGCGCCUCUCUCUCUCUCUCGCUCUUUUCCCUCCCAAUCUGAGACUCGGGAUGCUAAAAGUGAGACAGAAUGGGCCGUAAUCUCCUCUGAUUUGCGUCGAAAACCAUUAGUUCUUCAAGCUUCAAACUUCCUGCCAAGAAGAUUUAUUUGAUCCUGGCUAGCCUUCUUUUCUCAGUCCCGCCCUUCUCCGUGUAUCUGCAGGAUUCUUCUUCGGGAGACAGGGGGCGCAGUGGUCCUUCUCGAGCAUGGUCUCCGGCCGGCAGCCCUUCGUCUUUUUCCCCGCCGCCGAGGAGGAGAGGUCAACGAGCAUCGCCUUCGAUCUCCUGCCCUCAUCGGGGUUCCGCUCCGCCCCCGCCGGCGAUCCUUUCAUCUCCAGUCUCGGAUUUCACUCUGUAGGAACCCUAGCUCAUCCACCAAUCUCUACUGGUAAAAAUUGUAGUGCAAACUUGAUUGCUUCAACCUGAUUCCCCUCCCCCUCCCUUCUGGGGUUGCAGAAGAACUUCGUUCCUCCCACUCCGGCGAGCCCCUUCUUCAGGGCGGCGCCUCUGAACCAGCAGCAUUCCUUGAGCAGAGCUCCGACGCUCGCCUCUCCCGUCAUCCCCAGGUGGGGAGACAGACACAGAAUGCUACUGGAGAUCUCCCCCUUCAAUCGGUCUGAGACGUUGACUCUCUGGUUGUAGGGGCGCUGUCAACCCCUCGGGAGCAGCUGCGCAGCUGACGAUCUUCUACGCUGGGUCGAUCAACGUUUUCGAUGACGUACGGGCGGAGAAGGUGGUAGAUUUCGACGACGAAUUCAUUCCUUGAGGAUUUGGAGUCGAUUCGAUCCUUUUUUCUUUUUUUUUUUCUAAUCCUCUUUCUUUUCUCAGGCCCGGGCGAUAAUGCUCCUGGCGAGCAAUGUCUCCAGGAUGAACUUGGCCGACGUCCCGAUCCCAGCAGUGGAGCCGACGAAGGUGGUCUCCUCACCGCCGAUCUCGAGGGCCCAGUCGGGCAGCAGCUCCAACAUCUCCGACGACCUGAGCUCAGCUCCGACAGCGUCCGCCACCAGCGGCGGCGGCGCGGCCGCCGCCACACUCCGAGGUGUGCCGUCGUAGUCUUGUUGAGUCGGUCGAUCUUCUUUGGUGGGUUUCUUAUUCGGUAGUGGUGGUUCGCCGGUGCAGCGGUGCCGCAGGCGCGGAAGGCCUCCUUAGCCCGAUUCCUGGAGAAGCGGAAGGAGAGGUGAGAAGAAGAUCCUCCCCCUUCCACCGCCACCGCCGCUGCCGACGGCGGCGCCGCCGUUCCCACGGCCUCGCGAUCUCUCUCCUCUUCCUCGGCGCUCAUCUGACAGACGGUGUUGCUCCUCGCGCAGGGUGUCGAGUGCCCAGCCGUACCCGUCUCCGCGGAACCUGGAGGGCAAGGCGGCGCCGCCGCCGCCGCUGCCGAGCAGCAAGGAGCUGCUUUGGGGCGGCGGCACCGUCGACAGCUCCGACUUUCUCAGUACCAAGCUGGAAAUCUAA